AUGGGAUCAAUGAAUUCAAACAAUUGGCUUUCUUUUCCACUCUCACCAACUCAUUCUUCCUUACCUCAUCAUCUACAAACUGCUCAAUCCCAUCAAUUCUCUCUUGGUUUGGUCAAUGAAAGUAUUGACAACCCUUUUCAAACUCAAGAGUGGAAUCUGAUUGGAACUCAAGGCAGCAAUGAAGUCCCUAAAGUGGCUGAUUUCCUUGGAGUUGGGAAAUCCGACCAUCAAACCCAAUCAGAAAUCGUGUCCUACGGCGAAAUCCACCAGUCAAGCGAUCAUUCCGAUUACUUAUUCUCAAACAAUAGCUUAGUUCAAGUACAAGAUACGUUGACCGUCGCGGCCGCAACGGCAGCAGCUGGUGGUCAAAGCAACUAUGAACUUCAAGAAAACGGUAGCUUGACUUUGUCAAUGGGGAGCGGAAAAGGUUCUUCAACAUGUGAAACAAGUGCAAGUGUUGAUAACAGUAGUUCUAAUAGCAUUGUUGAAGCUACACCAAGGAGAACUUUGGACACUUUUGGUCAAAGAACUUCUAUUUACCGAGGUGUUACAAGGCAUAGAUGGACUGGAAGAUAUGAAGCUCAUUUAUGGGACAAUAGUUGUAGAAGGGAAGGUCAAUCCCGCAAAGGUCGUCAAGGAGGAUAUGAUAAGGAAGAGAAAGCAGCUAGGGCUUAUGAUCUUGCAGCAUUGAAAUACUGGGGCACCUCAACCACUACAAAUUUUCCAAUUAGCAACUAUGAGAAAGAGCUUGAGGAAAUGAAACAUAUGACCCGCCAAGAAUUCGUUGCAUCUAUUAGAAGGAAGAGCAGUGGGUUUUCUAGGGGAGCUUCCCAGUAUCGAGGAGUAACAAGGCAUCAUCAGCAUGGAAGAUGGCAAGCUAGAAUUGGAAGAGUUGCCGGAAACAAAGAUCUCUACCUCGGAACUUUCAGCACCGAGGAAGAAGCAGCAGAAGCAUACGACAUCGCAGCGAUAAAGUUCCGGGGCCUGAACGCCGUCACCAAUUUCGACAUGAGCCGGUACGACGUAAAAGCCAUUCUCGAAAGCAACACCCUCCCAAUCGGCGGUGGAGCCGCCAAGCGUCUAAAAGAAGCCCAAGCCCUGGAAACAUCCCGGAAACGGGACGAAAUGAUAGCUUUAGGCACAAGUAGUUUCCAAUACGGCAGCUCAUCGUCCACCGGAGUCGGAAUAGGAGCUUUACAAGCCUACCCUUUGAUGCAACAAUCACCGUUCGAUCAUAACUCCGCGUUGCAAAGCCACGAGAUCUCGCAGUUCUCGCAGGAUUCGGCGUACCAGAGUUACAUCCAAACUCAGCUUCAAUUGCAACAGCAAACAAGCCAUCAUCAUCAACAUCAUCAUCACCCUUAUGGGUUUUAUAAUUAUCAUCAGCUUCAGGGAAAUGGUGGUAACCCGGUUUUGUUGCAUGGGUUGAUGAAUAUGGGUGGGUCAUCUUCGUCGGUGAUGGAGAAUAAUGGGAGCUCAACUGGGAGUUAUAGCGGCGGUGGUGGCGGAGGAGGAGGGUAUUUCGGGAAUACGAAUUCUGGUGGGAGUGGUGGCGGAGCUGGUGGUGGAUCGGCGGAGGAGCUGGCGAUGGUUAAAGUGGAUUACGAUAUGCCGUCGACGACUUACACCGGUUGGUCUGGGGAGUCGGUUCAGGGAUCAAAUCCAAGUGUAUUUACAAUGUGGAAUGACUGA